GUGGUCGGCAAGGCGUCGAAGACGGGCGAGUUCGACGCGGCCGCGAGGAUCGACUUCGAGCGUCAGCUGGGCUCGGGCCCGCUGCUGCAGAUGGAACGCCUCGCGGCGUUGGGAGGGUGGCCGCCGCUUGGCGCGACGCUGUGCAGGCGCUGGGGCUCAGGAUGCUGGGCGCGCGUCGCCAGUGCCAGCCAGUGCCAGCCGCGCAAGUCAGGGCUGAGUCGCGACUGCGCUGCCAGCCUGCGCAGGCUUGAUCACAUCCGCCGCCGGGGCCGCAGGAAGACGCGGAGCUCCGUAGGGCGGCGCGAGAACGGGGGCCGCCUGACCGAGCAGCUCCACAAAUGGGUGCCGUGCUGCGCCGCCGCGCCAGGGAGUGCUGCCGCCUCCUCUGCGCGCCAGGGCGCGGCCCGCCUUCGCCUCUGUGCCAGUCUGCACGGCUCGCCAGUGAACCUCGGCAUGUUCUCGGACCGCGGGGGUUCCGGCACGAUGCGCGCGGCGCCUGGCGUGCCAGUGUUGCUGUGGGGCGCCGCUCUGGGCGAGCGGCGCGAUCUCUCGCUGCCAGGCGACAAGUCCAAGAUCCCGCGCUG